UCGUCUGCUCAACGAAGUUGAGACAACACGCCUGGAAACACAUCGCCUGGAUGCUGGAUCCAUGUGUGCACCUCCACGCUCGCGAUCCUCUGUUCCUCGCGGCGCGGGAGGACUUCUUUUUCUCUCCAUCUGGUGCCAAAGAAGACCGAUUUUUUUUGUUCUUCUUAACUUUGGGCAAUGUGUCUGUAGACGCCGAUAGUUGCGUUGCAACCAUUUAACGCCCCGAUCACUAAGUACCUGCAGAUCUACUGCGGGGGAGUUUUUUUUUUGUCUUCUUCACCGGCGCGGAUACGGCAGAUGACCUUAAACGCUUCGGAUCUCCACUGAAGUAAACAACAUGCACGGACUAGAGAUCAUCAUGUGCACUUUUUCUGUGCUGUCCUUUGCGGCACGCGCAGAUUUUAAGCCUCGCAAUUGCAGCGAUGUGAGGGAUGCUUGUAUCGGGAAAGGCUUCAGCUUCGCGCACAUUCCCAUCCAGGAGAUCCCAGGUGAACAUCUUCGGGUGUGUCCUCAGGGAAGCACAUGCUGCACCCCGGAAAUGGAGGACAAAUUUGGCCAGCAAAGCAAGCAGGACUUUGAGAAUCUGGUUGAUGAAAUGAGUCAUGAAUUAAGAAGCACUUUUGUUUCCAGACAUGAACGAUUUGAUGAAUUCUUCCUGGAGCUGCUGGAGAACACCCAGAGGUCCCUGAAUGAGAUGUUCGUGAGGACUUACGGCAAGCCCUACAUGCAGAACUCCGAGGUCUUCGAGAACCUGUUCGCAGAGCUGAAGCGCUACUACAUGGGAGGGAACGUUAACCUGGAGGAAAUGCUCAAUGACUUCUGGUCGCGGUUACUGGAGCGUAUGUUCACGCUGCUCAACUCCCAGUACGUCAUCACGGAGGACUACCUGGAGUGUAUAAGCAAGUACACUGACCAGCUCAAGCCCUUUGGGGACGUGCCCAGGAAGCUCAAGGCCCAGGUCACCCGCGCGUUCAUCGCCGCGCGCACCUUCGUCCAGGGCCUCUCCGUUGGCCGGGAGGUCGCCCACCGAGUGUCUAAGGUGAGCAGCACCCCGGCAUGCAUUCGGGCUCUGACCAAGAUGCUGUACUGCCCCUUUUGUCAGGGCAUGCCGGACGUCAAAUCCUGUAAGAACUACUGCCUGAAUGUUGUCAAGGGCUGCCUGGCCAAUCAGGCUGAUCUGGAUCCCGAGUGGAACCUGUACAUCGAUGCUAUGCUGCUGGUGGCACAGAGGCUGGAGGGACCUUUCAACAUUGAAUCUGUCAUGGAUCCUAUUGAUGUCAAGAUUUCAGAGGCCAUCAUGAAUAUGCAAGAGAACAGCGCCCAGGUCUCCUACCGGGUCUUUCAAGGCUGCGGCCAGCCGAAACCCGCGGGAAUGGCUCGGUCGACCCGCGGCGUUCCCGAUGUGUUCAGCGCUCGCUUCAGGCCGUACAGCCCGGAGGAGCGUCCCACCACCGCGGCGGGCACGAGCCUGGACAGACUGAGGAUUGUUUGGCAUGCGAUGCAACACAGCGUGGUCGACAUAAAAGAGAAACUGAAGCUUUCAAAGAGGUUUUGGUCCAACCUGCCUGAGGCCAUGUGUGUGGAGGACAGAGUGACCGCUGGAAAUGCCAGUGAGGAGGACUGCUGGAACGGACACACCAAGGGCAGGUACUUUCCUGAAGUUCAAAAGGAUGGACUGACCCACCAGGUGAACAACCCCGAGGUGGGCGUGGACAUCACCCGCCCAGACACGCAAAUCCGCCAGCAGAUCAUGGCUCUGAGGGUGAUGACCAACAAGCUGAAAAACGCCUACAACGGCAACGAUAUCUACUUUCAAGACUCAAGUGACGAGGGCAGCAGCUCGGGCAGCGGCAGCGGCAGCACAGAGGUCGGCCCCACUGACAUGGACGUCGCCGCCGCCACCGAGGCCCCGGUGGUGGAGGCCGACCGCAGCGGGCCUGUGGACGACUCGGCCCGGCUCAGCGCACCCUCCGUAGCCCUGACAACCAUCCUGGCCCUCUCCGCCCUGGCUCUCCACCGGCAAUGGAGAUAAUGUCGAAGGAACCGGGGCGAAAAUGGACAGGCUGGGGUCUUCUUUUUCUUUUCUUUUUUUGUUGCUGUUUUUGUAAUCAGGCAGAUCGAAGCUACAGUCAACCAAAUAGGAAAUAGGCUGCCAGUCUGGAAGCGAAGGGAGUCUGCUCUGAAGAAGAGAAGUCGCAUCAUGACAACCCACUUUUCCAAAGAUCCUUGGACUUGACAUUUUAGGGCAUCACUUCACCACCUGUCACUGAUGCCAACCCCCAGCAAACUGCUUCAGAGAUUUCUUGCACAUAUGGCAGGUAUUAAUGUUGGUCUCAAUGUGGAAAUAUAUAACACGCACUUUUUUAUUUUUAUGCCAAAAUUGUCUUGUGAUGGAAAAUGUUGAGAAUGUUGUCAUUUGAUGUACCUAAAAGAGGCCGAAGAAGUGUAAUAUUUGGUUUAUAUUAUGUUUUGAAACAAACACAAGGGACAAUGGCGGACAAUCUGGAACAUGUGGUUUCCACCUUUUUGGAUUGAAUCCUUGUUCCGUUGCCAUUAAACAAUGUGCCAAUUAUUGAUUUUUUUCUGUUUUUGAUCAGAUUUAACAACUAAAUCAUGUUGCUUCAUAUUCAAUUUCUCAGCAAUUUCAAGGUCAAAGGAUACAUUUUUCACAGUUAAAAGGGAUCAUUUUGCUUUUUUUCAUACUAAUUUUCCUUGCAAAAAAUGUAUCAUCUGCACAACAUUAUCAUAUCUCAAGCUGGUUCCUCAAGCUUGGCGUCAGGAGUUAACAGCCUCAACAGAACUAAUGUGGAGCAAUAGAGAGUCAUUUCAUCAUAGUGAAGCUGCUUCUGCAGUGUUGUGGGGUGGGGUGCAUGUCCCAGUGUGUAAUUAAUGAAUUGAUGUCUGAGAGGGCUUGACAAAAUAUAAUCCUCUCUAACAUAUAUGUUUUCAUUAAUCAAUAAUAAAUUUGUUUUAAGGUCUUACCAGCACUCAUGACCUGCAAGCAAAGUCCAUCAAUAGAGAAUUAAUCAAAAUAACCAUUCAUAAAAGAUGUGUAAAACAUUUCUGCUGACAUUAAUACGCUUUGUAAAGGCGCAGUAAUUGAAAAUCUUAUAAAUGUGUAAAUGGACUUUGCAGCGUAAGAAGCACACUUUUUCAAUACAGAAUCACCAUCACAGAAGACUGUUGACUGCUGUUUUAAUCAUAUUAAUUUCCUAUCAUUGGGGCCUCGGACGUUUUAUUCUGAAUCCUCAGUAUUUUAACAACAUUACGUAUUUUCAAAAAAUACUGGAUUUGCAUACACAAACAAGAAAAUGUGCCCCGUUUGCAUGUAUGAUUAAUUAUGCAAAGCCUAUCCUGCAACUGCUAUCAAAGUUUGGAUUGUAUAACUAUUACAAUUAAUUGUAGUGUUUAAAAAGGAACAAAACUGAAACACUGUCACCAGGACUCUUAUGUUAAGUGUUGCUAUUUCUGUAAACGCAUUACUACAGGUAUUCAAAGUGUGGGGGGAAUUAUUAGGACAGGAAGUUGCAAACGGCACACAGUGGUGUCAGGAAAUGCAAAGCUAGGCCCCCUCGACGUAUCUGCAAAGCUUGGAUGGUUGUGUCUGACUGGGAGCCGACCACCGUCACCUGUGAAAUGAGAAUCUGUGGAGACUGGACAGGCCUGAAUGCUUCGGUGAAGCUCCUCAGUAGAGCGCACUUACAGAGAAUGUGAGAGGCCUGGCACUACUGAGGAGGGAGGGGGAGGGGGGGGGGAAAUCCUUUAUGUACGCCCACUGUUCUCUGAGAGCCCGCCAGCUCCAUAACAACAGGCCUAAGCUCACACAUUCAGUGUUUUGCCCUUUGCAGUAUACACCAGUGGAUACUCGCUUUUCUUUAUAUAUUUAUGUUUUGCAUACACAUUGUACGGACAGAAAAAAUAGAAAUAUGUCAUGGGUAUCAUUUAAAAGGAUUCUUUAUUAUGAAUACUGAUCUAACAGGAUGCU